UCCCCAUUUGAUGGCACGUCGACAAGCUCACUGAGUUUGGCAAUGAAUAUGUGGACGGAAGAUUCAAUUGGAUUCGAGAGAUCAAAGGGAAGUUUAAGCAAUGCGGGUUGGAGAAUAUGAGAAGUACUUCUUCCCAAAACAAACAAUCGCUUUGAUUUCAAGCGCUCUCUCACUCUCUCGCUUUGGCCGUUUCUCUGGAAGCUAUGAUUCGUCGCGUCGUCGUUCAGCUGUCAAAAACCGCCACCGCUGCCACCGUUCGAACUGCGAGUUUGGGUUCCAGCUCUCGUUUCUCUCUUCUUUCUUCUCCAUCGUCUUCACGUUUAGCUUCACCAUGGAGAUUACUUCACGUUGGAAUGGACCGCCCAAAUGCUAGCCCGGUCACUCGUCAGAUGAUCAACUACGGUCUAUCUCAUGCUAGGUCUCAGAGAUCAGGCGAGUCGUACGCACAAGGUCUUCUGGUUUUGGAGCAGUGUCUCUCUGCUCAGUCGAGUGAAGGCGAAGAUGCCGACAACUCCAGGGGAGCGGUGUUGCUUGCUAUGUCUACGUUGCUUGCUGAAAGGGGUGACAUUCAUGACGCUAUAGAUAAGCUUCAGCGAAUUGAGGAUUUAGCACAUUGUUCUCUAGAUAUUAGAGUGGCUGCUCUUGAAGCACUUGCUGGACUUCAUCUCGAGUUAGACUUGAAUGAUUCUUCAUCCGCCAUCGCGGAUAAAUGCUUACAACUAUUUGAAACCAGUGAACUCGCUGAUGAUGGAGAUUCUGAAGUUCUGAGAGCUCGUGUAAAAGCUGUGAAGGGGCUGGUUGAGCUUGUCCAAAAUAACCUUGGUGCAGCUGAAUCGUUAUUUGAAGGAUUUCAGACUAUUGAAAGAUGUGCUGGUAGUGCUGCUUUUACAUACGGAGAAUUCUUAGUGGCUUCACAGAACUUUUCCUCUGCAAAAGAGGUGUACAAGAGAGUAAUUGAAGUGGGAUCAGAAGUCAAAGAUUCGAGUGAGCAAUGUGCAUUAGCUGGUGGUAAUAUGUCUCCUAUGGAUGUUUUAGUGGCUGCGACUUGUGCUUUGGGGCAGCUUGAGGGGAACUUGGGGAAUUUUUCUGAAGCCGAGGAUUUACUGACAAACGCGUUAACUAAAACAGAAGAAUAUUUUGGAUCUCACCAUCCGAAGGUGGGUGUUAUCUUAACCUGCAUAGCACUCAUGUUUCGACACAAAGCAAUGAAGGAGCAUUCAAGUUCAAUUUUGAUUCAGGAGGGACUCUACAGGAGAGCAAUAGACUUGAUGAAAGUUUCACCAGAAGACAGGGGAGGACAAUCAAAGGUGCACAGAUGUGACAUAGCAGCAAUAGCUGGAGAAGCGUAUGCGGAGAUUCUUGACGUCCAAAAGAAUAGAAAGCCUGAAGCACAGAUAGUGAGGAGCUGGGUAAGAGGUGCUUGGAGGAAUGGCAGGAUAUCAUUGGAAGAAGUACUAGACAUAGGACAACCUCCAUCCAAGGUGCCUGUUAUUGAUACUCGAAUCUGUAGGCUUAUUUAAUUUGCAAUAUUCUCGAGUUCUGGUUAUUAGGUAUCAUUACAGAACUCAAGAGAGUGGCAUAUUUUGAACGGUGACAAUGUUAUGUAAAUUACUUAUGAAGUACAAGAACUUGAAGAUUGUAGAAUUCUCUGAUACAGUUGAAAGUCGUGUGGUACAGUUACAAUUUUCAUCGUUUUUCUUUUUUCAAUAAAAAGACACAAAGGAGAUCUCAAGAUGUUUAAAACUUUUCUGGGAAUCAAAGAGGAAGAUCCAGGCCUUUCCCAACAUCAACUCCAAUCACCUGAAGUAUACCCUUGUUCAAUAUCUGAAAAAGCAGACAGAUAAAACCCGUAAACAUGGGUAGUAAAGGUACAAGAUAGAAAGUUUUCUUCAUACUAAAAAGAAAAGAAAACCUCACCAGCUCCACUACGAAAAUCCCAAUAAGGCCUAUCAUGCAGGCUCUAGAAUUCCAGAUUUCAGCAGUUUUAGUGAAUCCAAGAAACGGGGCUUGAAAUUUCGGCUCUACUUUUGGCAAUUCAACCUUCAAAACAGAAAUGAAAAGGUGAAACAGUAAUGG